AUGCUCACUUGCGGCUCGCGCGUGAAGGCCCGCUACCUCGCAAGCAGCGGAGGCCCCGUCGGCACAAAAUGGUUCCCCGCGAUCAUCACCAAGUGCAACCGCGACGGCACCUUCGAUCUGACCUAUGACGACGGCGACAAGGAGCAAUGCCUGGAGCGGGAUGCUAACAUCAGAGAGAACAAGGCGGCGCUCUCCCGGCUGGGUCUUGAGGAGGCGGCGGCGGCCUGCACGACCAAGAAGGAGGCCAAGCCGCGGGGCAAGAAGCGGGCCGCGCCCGAGGCGCGAGGGCCAGUGCGCACCAGCCGCCGGUUGAGUGGCGAGGUGCCGGAGGAGAAAGGGGCGGAGGAGCCGAGCGCGGACGAGUGGAACUCGCUCGACACGCCGCUCUUCCACAUGAACACAUUCAUGGAAGCAAAAGCGGGCGUGAACAGGGCCUUUGGGCUCUUCCUGCACGGCGGAGUCGCGACACCAGGCUUUCGCCCGCUCGACGACGAGACGGCGAGGCAGGUGCAGGAGGCGUGGCCGCUAAACGCUGACUUCAAGGAGCCGCUGCGCGAAAAGAUGAUCGAGCAGCACGGGCGCAACUACGAGUCGGGGGCGAGGCAGCGGGCCAUUUGGCUCACUGCCUGCCGGCCAGGCGCCUACAUCCUCUGCCGCCACAACUCCAAGGGGUGCCCGCACACGCCGGCCGCACUCAAGGACGCGAGCGGCCGGUACCUCGGCGGGGUGUACGCCCUCGGCCGCGUCGAACACUUCCCGGCGCCGCAGUCGGAGGCGGACAGGCAGCUGACCGACUUCGCUUCGGACGAGCGGCUCGAGGGGCUGGGCAUGUCGCGAUACUACCUGCACGCGGUGGCCAAAGUGAAGUUCUUCGCGCUAGGCUACCUCGACGACCUCAAGCCGGAGACCGCGGGCUACAUCAACAAGGUUUGCCAGCCGACGCUGAAUCAGGUGCUCGAGGGCAAGCAAAAGCCGGGCAAGCCGCCGGAGGCUGAAAAACACCGCCGCUGCAGGGAGGACCUCUGGCGGACGGCCAAAUGGCCGAUCGAGCCGGAGCUCUUCGCGGAGGGGGCAGCGGCGCCCCCUUCCCUGGUCGACUAG